AAAAUCAAACCAAAACAAGCAACAGAGGAAUUUUAGUGUUUCAUAAUGCUUGUGUUCCUAACUCAUUUUGCACCACUGGGUACAUUAUCAGUGAGAGAGGUGUAGUAUCUCGGAGGAAUAUCCCUUUUAUACUCUCUAACCUAUGCAUCUUGCAAGAAAUUUAAAAUGCAGGCUGCAAGUUUAAAGAUAUAUUAAAGCCCAUAAUUGCAAAUUUAUCCAUCUUAAUAGACAUAAACCAGCUUUUAUACUCAUAGUCAACAAUUGUAAGGUUUUGUUCAUAAAAUGUGUGUAGUAGUACAAAAUGUGAAUGAUAGAGCAAUAAAUAAUAUGAACUAUGAACUAUAAUGAACUAUGAGUCCAUUAUAGAAGGACAGGGGGAAAUCUAUUUUCCCUCUCUCCCUUCUGGUCGUGCUUGCUCUCAUGUAAGAGCUUGGUGGAUGGUGGGGGGUUCCCUGGCUCCCCCGCAGGGUCUGCUUCCUCUAUAAUUAUACUACUGUGGAUUGUACAUUCAUCAACACUUUGAGCUGAGAUACUAUAAGAAGCUCAGUCAUAACACCAGGGUAAGUAAAAGUUUACAAUAAUUUAUCUCACCUUUUUGACUUUUCAUUAACUAACACUUAAGCUAUCCUUAUACACCUGCACACAUACUAUACAUAGUUUUUGUUCUGCCCCUUUCCACACAAUGAGGUUAUUCUGUUAAUGGUAAAAUAUCAUUCUAAAUGAGUUUAUGCGCAGAAGGCUUCAACGUAAACAACACUUUUUAUGAGAUCUGUUCAGUCUUUAACACCAGUGCUUACAUAUUUUAUUGUUCUAACAUUCAUUAUCAGUGCAGAGAGGCACAUUGCGUACCAGGCUUAUUGUGUGCCUAUAUAAAGCAAUGUAAUCUGGAGGCAGGGCUGAAAUUCCAGAGCUGGAAGAAGAUUGGAUAAAACCAACAUGUGACCUGUAUCAUCCACUGUAAACUGAACUAAAGUAGGAAGCAAACGUGGAUCAAGUAUCUACCGCCCUGCGGUUUCAAUCACUGAAUCUUUAACUAAUGCUUUUCAGAUUCAGGAUAACAUGAAUUCUGUCUAACAUGUAAGCCAUGAUGUCAGAUGAUGAAAUGAACUUCUGAACAGGAAACUACUAUGGAGGACGACAAUAAACACAAAACACUAUUGUCAGAUAGCAGAUCGGUGGGUAAUCUUAAAAAGACAUGGCAGAGCUGGGCUGAAGAACGUAUGGAGUAUCAGAGGCUUAACCCUUUUAGCAAUGCAGUUCUGCCAGAUACAACCAGGCUGGAUAUAGAGCACCCUGAGUAUGGGAGACCAAAGGCAGGCACUCAUACAGAAGAAAGGGGCAAAGAUGCCCACAAACAUUUGAACAAAGAGUUGGAAGAACUUUGCCUUAUUAUAAAAAAUAUUGGAAUAUUGGGAGAAGAUGGAAAUACAAGGGUUACAUUUGGGAGGCUAUUCGAAACAUAUGUCACUAUUUCCAACAAACUAGUUGGGGUGCUGAUAAGAGGGAGAAAGCAUGGGCUGCUGCACUUUGAAGGAGAAAUGCUUUGGCAAGGAAGAGAUGAUCAUGCAGUCAUCACCUUGGUAGAAUAAUAGGGUGUGCUGUUUUCUCAAUAACAGCAUUAGAGAAUGUAACAUUUAUAUAAUAUCUUGACCUUUGAUUUAUCCACCAGGUCUGCUGGUUAGCCAGCCUUCCUGGAGUUCAUACAUUCCUGAGUGGGUUCAGCUGCACUCAUGCUUUUGUCUUCUUCAGUGGGUAGAAAUUAGAGGUUUACAAUUUAAUAUGAAGCUCUUUUGUAAAUGCAAAAUAACGACGGACAUCGCUCACGGCAAGGCCAUCUCAAAUCUAGCGCAAUAUGGCUAAGAUCUCAGUGACCUCUUGGAAUAUAAGAGGGCUUAAUUCUAAAUUCAAAAGGAGUCUCAUGUUUACCUACCUAAAGAGGUACCCUCCCUCUAUUCUCCUACUGCAGGAGACCCACCUUACGGGCCAAAAAAUACUAGCACUUAAAAAACCCUGGGUGGGAUGGCACUACCAUUCUACUUAUUCCUCCUACUCCAGAGGAGUUUCAAUACUAAUACGUAAAGGGGUUCCAUUCGAAUUCAUCAAGCUACAUACAGACUACUAUGGUAGAUUCAUGAUUCUUCAUGGUCUCCUAGCUCAUAAACCCAUAACAAUUGUUAAUAUGUAUAUACCACCGCCGUUUGCGAUGUCCGUCCUAGAUCAAGUUGUUUCUAAGCUGGCAGAGUUCCCCAUAAGUCCAUUUCUCAUCAUGGGUGACUUUAAUAACUGCAUGAAUCCCUCUCUAGAUAGAUCUAAAAUAGAACCCAACACAUCUACCAGACUUGCGGGAUGGGCAGAUGCGCUACACCUUACAGAGGUUUGGAGGUGGAAAAAUCCCACAGCGAGAGUUUUCUCCUGCCAUUCUCUCACCCACAAAUCCCUCUCAAGAAUUGAUCUGGCUUUUACUUCUGCCGAUCUAUUGCCCAUGGUUGAUACAAUACAAUAUCUACCGCAAGCCCUGUCAGACCACUCCCCACUUAGCCUCUCCUUCCGCUGGAACCCAUCUCAGGUAGACAGAUUAUGGCGGUUGAGUCCUUUAUGGCUCAAAAAUGACGUAGUUGCUGCUCAGAACCAAAAUGCAUACACAGAAUACUGGGAAUUAAACGAUAAAUCAGCUUCACCACCAACGCUAUGGGAUGCCUCUAAGGCAGUUAUGAGGGGUGAACUAAUAGCAGUAAUAUCCCAAGUGAGAGAGGAAAAAAAGGAACACUUAAACGAGGCAGAGAAAACUCUUAUUGCAGCAGAAGCUACACAUACCCAAAAUCCUACAGAGCACACAUAUGAACAGCUUCUGUCUGCAAGAAGUUCCCUUAGUCGGGCUACUGUCUCACUAACAAGAAAGGCAGUGCUAUAUCAAAAUCAACGCAUUUUUGAGCAGGGGGACAAGAUUAGUAAACUUCUAGCCUACCUGUCUAAACCCCAGAACAACUCUACAGCAAUAUCCCACAUUCGCCAAGAUGACGGCACACUUACCACAGAACCUAAAACCAUUGCACAACAAUUUGCCUCCUACUAUAAAAACCUAUACACAACUACAGUCACCUACACUAAGGCACAACUAAUACAAUACCUAGCAAGCAUCCCUAUUCCAAAAUUAACCCCAGCAGAUAGGGCAUACCUAGAUGCCCCAAUUACAAGGCAAGAAAUUGCCGACGCAAUUGCCACCCUUCCCCCCAAUAAGACCCCAGGUCCAGAUGGACUACCAUCCAACUGGUAUAAGGCACUAUCUGAAAAUAUUCCCACUAAACUACUAGAAACUCUGCAAUAUGCUUAUGAUAACCAAGCGCUACCCGCCUCCUUUGCUGAGGCGCUAAUAGUGGUCAUUCCGAAGCCGGGUAAAGAUCCUUCCCUCUGCUCCUCAUACCGCCCCAUUUCUCUAAUCAACACAGAUGCCAAAAUUCUGGCGGUGAGGCUCCAACGGGUGGUUCCUGACCGUGUACAUCCUGAUCAAUCAGGCUUUAUGCCCGGGAGAUCCACUGACAUUAAUCUAAGGAGACUCUUUACCAACCUACAAAUCCCUCACUUAGAGACGGGCACCAGAGCUGUGGCCUCCCUUGACUCCGCCAAAGCUUUUGACUCAAUUGAAUGGGGAUACCUAUGGGAGGUCCUGUCCGACUUCGGCUUUGGCCAAUCAUUUUUAAAGUGGAUCAAGCUGUUACACCAACGUCCCACAGCAAGAGUCAGAGUAAAUGGGAUUACAUCUCUCCCAUUCUCUCUGGAAAGAGGGACUCGUCAAGGCUGUCCUCUCUCACCAAUAUUAUUUGCCCUAGCAAUAGAGCCCCUAGCCAUACUGAUCAGAAACACCCCGGGUAUUAAGGGCCUUACGUACGGCAAUAUCAAAGAAAAAGUAUCACUAUAUGCAGAUGACCUACUAGUAUAUCUUGUAGAUCCCAGGGAUUCGCUGACCUCUCUGUUGCAACUAGUGGACAACUUUGGCCACUAUUCCGGUUUGCGAAUCAACUGGGAUAAAUCAAUCCUUUGUCCUGUAGAUCCGCUUCAACCACAACCCGUAGUACCCAAUAUACCUCUGAAGUGGGCCAACCAAUUUAAAUACUUGGGGGUCUGGAUAACUGUGGAUUUUACUAAAUACAUGUCACUCAACCUAGACCCCUUACUUUCAGAUCUUAAAACCCGACUGGCACAAUGGUCCAAGCUACCACUCUCACUCUGGGGCCGCAUAAAUAUAAUAAAAAUGAUAUAUCUUCCCAAAUUUCUAUAUAUACUACACAACGCCCCGGUCUUUAUCCUUAAAACUUUUUUUAAGACGCUUAAUCAGAUUAUCCUGCCAUUUGUCUGGAACAAUCGGCCCCCUAGAAUGGCCUGGACGAAACUUUGCGCUCCCCUAACUGAAGGAGGCUUAGCCCUCCCUCUUUUUUACCAUUACUACCUAGCCUCGCAGAUACACUACCUACACUGGUGUUUUAUUCAUGACCCUUAUAAUCCGAAUAUGCAGCUUCAGGCAACAAUACUAGGAUCACUGGAAGGACUGAGUAGCUUUCCAUAUCGACACCUUAAAGACACAGGCCCACUACCAACAACCUUAACUAUCCCGCAUAAAGCUUGGACCAUCGCACUCACUCUACUCAAACACCCGCCACCCUUACUUACGUCUAGGCUGCCUCUCUGGGGUAACCAAUACUUACCACAACUUAGGUCACUACACAACUACAUAUAUUGGCCUCGCCACAAUAUCAAAUAUCUGGGAGAUCUAACAGAACACUCAACCUUCCCAACAUACGCACAGAUCUGAGAGAAAGCUCAACAACCUGCUCUCCCUUUUUACAAAUAUCUGCAACUGCGGUUAGCGUUCAGGGACCAAUUUGACACUCUCACCCCACAGCUCACUUCAUUAACAGUGGAGGUAAUCCUUCAUUCUAACAACUCAGCAAAGCUCACCUCAAAUCUAUACCAAAACUUACUUUCAGUAGGCCCCAAACCCUUUAAUUCCGCACAAAUAUGGUGGACCUCCCAAAUACCAGCACUCACCCAAGAUGACUGGGAAGAGGCAACAGACUCUAUGUAUAACUGUCUCAUAUCUAUUAAAGACAGAUUAAUACAGUAUAAAACCUUUCAUCACCUCUAUAUCACACCAUUAAGGUUGCGCCAGAUGGGCCGUACCCCAACAGAUCAGUGCCCGAGAUGUGCAGCAAGCCCUGCUAACUUCUUUCAUAUGAUCUGGUCAUGCCCCCACAUCUCUAAGUUCUGGUCAGCAGUCACCAAAUACCUAUCAAACAACCUAGCCUUCCCCAAUGUGACUGCACCUGAAACCUGCUUGCUAGGAGUCCUAGACAACAUAAUUGCCCAAAACAGCUCCCGGAUACGCUACAGAAUAUUAUUGUUCUAUGCAAAAAAAACAGUCGCUAUGCAUUGGAUGGGCCCUACCCUGCCCACCAUUACAGCCUGGAAGAAUUUAGUGAAUGUGGUUGCCCCUCUGUAUAAACUCACGUACGAAAUUAGGGGCGCACCUGACAAAUUUGACAAAGUCUGGGGCCCUUGGUGUGAUCUAGAGGGUAACUGAACGAUCCUGCUCCCAGUUACAUAAUAAGCCCCCCAACGUCCUCCCAACCUGUUCUCCCACACCCUGAAUACACAAGUUCAGUAGGGUGAUGGAUCCAAGAUGCGGGAAUUACUGCCAGCUACACACUCUGUAAUGUCAUACCUACCCACUCAGUAUUGGUAACAAAUCCUAAAGGUAGACCUGGAAAAGACUAAUGCGUCUUCCUCAUUGCAUUGUUAAAUGUGAUAUUUUGUGUUUUGUUUGUAUGAAAAGUUAAUAAAAUACACCUUUCAAAAAAAAAGAAA